AUGCCGGCAAGUGAAGCUUCUAGUCGACGAAGUUCAAUGACUGUAACUGAUGUUAAAGCCGGGAUGACUCUCCUUGAUUCCAAAGGAACAAAAUCAGUUUCUAUCUACCCAAGGGUUCAUCAAGCAGGCGCUCAAAGCGGAGUCCAUCCGAUGGCGCCGAAAAUCGCCAAUACGUACAAGCUCAGUCCUGACGCGGAUAAACGGUUUCGAAGCAAAGACGUGAAGGACGCCAUCGACAGCGUGUUGGAAAGCCGGCUGGAGGGCUUUUCUUACGAUGCGGAAAAAUGCAAGUUUUUACUAUCCAGUAUAGCCGACGAAAUAAAAGACAAGGUCAAGGUGAUGGGUUUUGAUAGAUACAAACUUGUGUGUUUGGUGACCAUCGGAAAAUUGAACAACCAAGGAGUUCGAGUAGCCAGUCGCUGCCUCUGGGAUACUGCAACUGAUCGAUUGGCUUCAUCUUCGUUCUGCGGCGAAGACGUUUUUGCCUCAGCGGUUGUGUUCGGAGUUUAUCGAGAAUAG